AUGUUUGGCUCUUCGCUGCCGCAGUUUAGGCUGCCCUUUGACAGGGACUCGUCGUCGUCGCGCCGCAACUCCCUCGAGCAGAACAUCUGGGCGCCACUGCUGCCCAACCACCAGGGAGGCCCUACUCCGGCACCCUCCUUACAACCACGACCCCAUUUUCACAGCGCUCCAAGUGCUCCAGGAGCCGCCCCAGGCACUGCUCCAGCCCACUUUUCCGCCCAGCUACCUUCGCAGCUGUACUUUCUGCCCCACCCAAAUCAGUACCAAAACCAAUCGUACCAAAACCCUCCUUCGUCGCAGUUCGGCAGCCUGACAUUUUAUGAGCUCGACUCCCGUGGCCGCAACUCGUCUGUGGGCCACUCGAUGAUGUCUAUGCCACCUCCGCUGUUGUCUGGUGCGACACAAGCAGGCCUGACAUUUUCGCAUCCAAACCAGGGCAACAGCCAAAGCAACGACUUGGCGUUUGCCCCUGGCCUAUGGGCAUCGAAUACCGCGGCCAUGAAUUCCGCUAAAGGUCAAUUCGCCGAUCCAUCAUCACCUCAAGCGCUGCCUGCUUGGGAAACUACCGCCAGGCGCCAUUCGGUUGGAGAUGUUUUCCCCGGACUGGGGCUUUUCCUGGCGCCCUACCUGGCGCACGCCCAGCUGCUGGCCGGCUGGAACAUGUUUGGCGCUAACUUGUCGGGCUUUGCCGCCGCCCCUGCCCAGGUUCCCACGAGUCCUCAAGAGGCAUCAACUUCUCAGCUGAAUGUGGCAUCUGCUAAUACUACGGUCUCUGCUACGGCUGCUACGGCUGCUGCGACUGCUGCGACUGCUGCGACUGCUGCAACCACGAAUGCCUCAGUUGCCCCUACCUCUGCCUCAACCACCGCACCCUCGCCCACAGCCCAGGUGCACGAGUAUUUUUCGCUGGAUCCCCACAAGCGGGUCAAGGUGACGGCCGAGUACUUGGCUCAGCGAUUCUUUGACGAGGAAAAGUAUUUGGGCGACUCGUACCAGCUCCCCAAAUUCCCCGUGGAGAGCCUGUUGCAUGACUACCAGCUCGUGCUUGUGGCUUUCAAAGCUGGUCGCAUCGAUGUGUUCUACUUGCCUUCGUCGCUAGAGCAGGAGCACCUCGGCGUGGGCGACUUGGUGAUGGUGGAGGCAGACCGCGGGCGUGAUUUGGGAAAGAUUGUCAAGAUGAACAUCUCCAUAGACGAGGCGCGCUUGCUCAAGCUCCUCCAGUUCCUAGAGCAGCAGGCAGCGCUCUGCGACAAUUCGUCGCUGAACGAUUUGUCUGUGAAACAGCUCCAUGGGCCCCAUGCCCACCACGCAGCCACGGGGGCGGCUCCGCCCACACUCCAUUUCCCCAAACCCAUCAUUGGGCGUGCUCAGCAUAACGAGAUCAUUCAGAUUCUCAACAAGAAACAGGACGAGGAGAAGGCGUGCCGCUUGUGUUUGGCAAAGAUCGCCUCGACGUCCAAUAUGCUCAGCAGUAAUGAGAAGCUGAACCAGUCGCUGCCGCAGACGCUGUUGUCGCUGUCAGACUUGAUGCAGAUGAAGUUGGUGGACGCCGAGUACCAGUUUGACCGCAAAAAGUUGAUCUUCUACUACUCGACGUCGCGCAGAAUAGACUUUAGAGAUCUUGUGCGGGAGUUGUUCAGAAUCUACAAGACGAGAAUCUGGAUGUGCGCGGUGAACGGCAUCCCGUACGUUCCCAACCACAAGAGGCGGCCGCUGGUGAACCAAGGACAGCAAACACAUCAGGUGUACCAGAACUCGCCUCUCGGCGUCAGCGCGCAGAGCCUGCCCCUGGGGCUUGAGUCGGUUCCUCGCAAGCUCCCCAUGGGCCCUGAUGCGCCCGAGGAGAAGGACUCCGACAGAGAGAGCGAGUCGUUUGUGUUGAAGUCGCUCGUGGACACAUUGAAUCACUGA